CGGGAACAACAUGGCCCGGCUGAGUCAUCUGCCAAGGAACCUUUCCGAACAGAAGUCGUUUGAACCUCCAACUUCACGGAAAGACGGAUCAGACCUAUUCUAUUGAGAACCACCCCCUCGUUCUUCAUCUACACCCUCACUCAAGAUGAUGUCUCAGUCUCUCCGGGCCUCGCAGCGCACCCUCUUCUCCCGUGCCUCUCGGGCUCAGGUCUCGGUCGCUCGCCGCACCUUCUUGACCUCCGCCGUCCGCCAGGCCGACCCCGUCCAGGACCUGUACCUCCGCGAGCUCAAGGCCUACAAGCCCACCCCCAUCAAGGCUGGUGACGCCGACGAGCACUCUCCCGAGGAGGCCAACCUUGCCAGCGAAUUGUCCGCCUACGAGAGCCAGGAGGUCGAGGUCGAGGGCCAGGCCGCCGCUGGCGAGGCCGCCCCCGUCGAGGAGAGCUGGUUCGAGGAGGAAGAGGAGGCCCCCGCUGCCCACUAA